AACAAUUUCACAUUCGUCGACUACCUUGGUGAAUAUUCACGUGGAAUUAAAUUUAGGUGAAAUAACAACGCUAGCGAAGAAACUAUUGCUUAAAAUCAGUGUCUCAAUAUAUUUUUUUUUCAAUAUGUUAGAAUGGUGAAUGUGAGACGCGAGUUUUCAAUAAUAAUUCUGUUAGUGUUCGAUACGUUCAUUUCAGCCAAGUAUUUAAUCGAGGAAGAAUCAUUAAUCCAUGAUCCGCAUCAUAAGGGAAAAGAAGACGCGGUUUACUUUUCAAAUAAAUGGAUCGUGAAAACGAAUAACAUACAGCAAGUUAUAGACUUUGCCAAAAUAAAAGGUUUCAAAUAUUAUAAAUGGGAUGACGAUUUCGAGGAAUAUUAUGUCUUGGAAAACCCCGAUCACCCAGAAGAACAUCACGAAGAAAACGAGCAUCAUACCAAUAGUCUCAUGGAUCAUGACAAUAUCAUUUGGGCUCAACAAUUAUACGGUAAGAAACUUCACAGAAAAGACAGCUUCGAAGACGAGCACAGUCUCUACAUCAGGGAGUACAACGACGAAUUAUGGUCUUUGCAAUGGUACGAAGUAGGAGUGAAAAGUGACGCAACGACGACGACAAAAGCCAUUGAUAUGAAUUUAGUUCCAGUAUACAAAGUUUUUAAUAUAACGGGAAACGGCGUUAGAAUACUGAUAAUAGACGACGGCAUUGAAUAUACUCAUGACGACAUUAAAGAUAAUUUUGAUGCCGAAAUUAGCUUCAAUUUUAAUCAAAACAAAUCCUGCGUGUUGCCGCGUUACGAAGAUCCGCGAAAUUGUCACGGUACCAGAUGUGCUGGCGUUGCUGUUAUGAAAGCCAACAAUGAGAAAUGUGGAGUGGGAAUUGCGUAUAAUGCUAAGGUUGGAGGAAUCACUUUACUUGAUGGAAUCAUCAAUGACGUUAUAGAAUCGAAAGCGAUAAAAUAUGCUAUUGAUAAAGUAGAUAUAUACAGUGGUUCUUGGGGCCCACAAGAUAAUGGAAUUGCCUUCGACGGGCCGGGGCACUUAUCAUCGGUGGCUCUUCAAUAUGGAGCACUAAAAGGACGGAAUGGAUUAGGUGCUCUGUACGUAUUUGCAGCUGGAAACGGUGGCACAUUUGGAGACCACUGCGGUGCGGACGGUUACGUAAAUAACAUCUACUCCUUUGCAAUUGCUAGUGUCACACAGGAUGGUCAAAUACCAUAUUAUUCCGAAAGGUGUCCAGCCAUUCUCGCCACAACAUAUUCGGGAAGUUUGAAUGAUAAAGUGAAAAUAGUAACGACCGAUCUACAUAAUACAUGCACGUUGAGCCAUUCUGGGACGUCAGCAUCAGCACCAUUGGCUGCUGGCAUUUUCGCACUCGUACUGGAGGCCAAUAAGAAUUUAACGUGGCGUGAUAUGUAUCAUAUUGUAAUUUGGACCGCCGAAGUAACAUCGUUGGAAAGAAACGUAGACUGGGCACAGAAUGGCUUUGGUCUUUGGUACACGCCACAGUUCGGAUUUGGAUUAAUGGAUGCUUUUAAAAUGGUCUCGUUGGCAAUGGAUUGGCAAAAUGUACCAGAGAAAUACAUCUGCAUGAUACCUUUUGAAAUCGACAAAAAUGAAAACACCGUCAGCAGUGGACCACCUUUUAUCGCAGUUGUGCGUACAGACGCUUGCCACGGGGCUAUUAGGUAUUUGGAACACGUACAGUUGAAUGUAACGAUAUCAUACCCAGUUCGUGGAUGUUUAGAAAUUGAUCUUGUAUCGCCUUUAGGAACAUUAAGUAAAGUGAUGGAAGCAAGGAAAAACGAUUAUACUAAAGGUGGCUUCAAAAACUGGGCCUUUCUAUCCUUGCAGUUUUGGGGCGAAGACCCAUCCGGCGAUUGGAUGGUGAUGGUUACAGAUAAAUUAUCGAGAGGUAAAGAAGAAUACCGAGGCACGGUGGAACAAAUUCAAUUGAUAGUCCAUGGUACCACAGAAGUUCCACGACAUUAUAUUGAAACAGAACGUGAAUACGUGCCUUUCCUCUAAGACGUUCAAACUAGACGCAAGUUGAUUAGAAAAUUAUUAUGCAUCUAAUUUAUUGAACUUGUACGUACCUCUACCUACCAUGUGAAAAAUUAUUAUUCAGUAAA